GUUAGUACGAUUCCACUUUGUAAACAGUCUGAACACCGCUGGAAACAGGUUCUAUUAUAAAACGUCUCAACAUGCAAAAAUAUGAAAAACUUGAAAAAAUAGGGGAAGGUACUUAUGGCACUGUUUUUAAAGCGAAAAAUCGAGAAACACAUGAGAUCGUGGCUUUAAAGAGAGUACGCCUAGAUGAUGAUGAUGAAGGAGUGCCGUCAUCUGCGCUUAGAGAAAUUUGUUUGCUGAAAGAAUUAAAGCACAAAAAUAUAGUACGAUUAAAUGACGUUCUUCACAACGACAAAAAACUGACGCUAGUCUUCGAGCAUUGUGAUCAAGAUUUAAAAAAAUAUUUUGAUAGUCUGAAUGGAGAGAUUGACUUGGAUGUGGUGAAAUCGUUCUUGUAUCAACUAUUACGUGGAUUGGCAUUUUGUCACAGUAGAAAUGUAUUACACAGGGAUCUGAAGCCGCAGAACCUACUCAUCAACAAAAAUGGGGAAUUGAAACUCGCUGACUUCGGGCUAGCAAGGGCAUUUGGAAUUCCAGUAAAAUGCUACUCGGCAGAAGUAGUAACAUUAUGGUAUCGCCCUCCGGACGUUCUUUUUGGGGCUAAGUUGUACACUACAUCAAUUGAUAUGUGGAGCGCUGGAUGUAUAUUUGCAGAGUUAGCAAAUGCUGGCAGACCUCUGUUCCCUGGAUCAGACGUAGAUGAUCAAUUAAAGAGAAUAUUUAAGAUGUUAGGGACGCCCAAUGAGGACACGUGGUCAGACCUCACGACUCUUCCUGAUUAUAAACCAUUUCCUCAGUAUCAUCCUACCCAGGGAUUAUCUCAAGUUGCAUCUAAACUCACCUCUAGAGGGAAAGACUUAUUACAGAGAUUAUUGGUGUGUAACCCAGUACUUCGAAUAUCAGCAGAGGAAGCACUGAUGCACUCUUACUUUAACGACUUAAGUCCUGUUAUUAAGAAUGAUCGAUGUUAAUGAAAUUUGAUUGCUCAGCAUAAAUUUGGCUAAAGGUGUAACAUCACGAACUUUU